AAAUCAAAUAGCUGUGCCAAAUAUAAGAAAAGUCAUAUCCUUAGUGUGAACUCGACCAUGUACCGACGCAUUUGCAUAAGGGAUGCCAUUGUUAGGCUACGUACUCUCAUGAGGACAGGCUUGUGUAACCAGAGGAAGCACAGUGGUGACAACGGGCAGAUUGCAGGCAAACCGACAAGGCAUCCACGGAAAUAGAAACAGUCAUGACCGAGGUUAUUGUGAAUUCUCUGCUAAAAGUCCCAAUAAUGGAUAGCCCAUCCAUCCGAGAGAAGGCCAGCGUUCAUUCACUUUGGUUCAACUAGCUGGAGACAAUGGUCCUUAAGAAGUGAAACUCUUUGGGACUGUCCCCACUACUUUGAGUGCUAUUUAAACUAUCUGUGUACAAACAUCGAUGGUUACGACUAACACCAGAGCUAUCAGUUAUUUAGCCGGAUUAUCAUACUCUUGAAGAAAUGUGCUUUAACCAGACGUAACAAUUUGUGACGUAGUGAAAAGAAGACAAAUCAUUCAACCGUGCCGAACUUUGUGCUCUACGCUUUAGGUAAUUAGAAACUACGUAGAUUCACUUGCCGUGUGUUCAUGGCAAAGAUUUUUCCUUGAACGUGAUGAUGUAUAAUGCCGGACAUUUCUCGUACAUUAACAGGAAACUGUAAUUCAUGAACAAAUAACCAUGGCCGAAACAUCGUCCUCCGAGUCAGAAGACAUAAGAAAAGAUUCCGUCAUACCGAUUGAGGCCGAAGAUCAGAUCAUCAAAGCCAUUGGCGACAUUGGCACAUGGCAGUUGAAAUGGUUCAGCUUCUUGUGUCUCAUUACCCUACCAACAGCUUUUCCUAGUUUGAGUAUCACUUUUCUAAGUGCGUCCACGGAUUUCUGGUGUAGUCAACCCGAUUCAUUUCCUGGUUCCACCGAGGAGUGGAGGAACAUCAGCAGUCCCGUAAUUUUCGAAGGGGGCAUUUACGUCUACGAUCAAUGCAAUACCAAGAACGCCACUGAGGAAUUUUUAUUUGCCGAGGACAAUGUGACAGUGGCUUGUGAGGCUUGGGACUUUGAUCGGUCUACAUAUUCCAACACAAUCAUCCAACAUUUUGGUCUCGUUUGCGAUCGGAGUUCAUACAAGAAUCUCGCCCAAAGUGUGUACUUUUUCGGUCUCGUGAUUGGCGUAUUUGGAACAGGCUAUGCGGCGGACAUUGUGGGUCGUCGAAUGACCCUCAUCCCGAUCGUUUUCGGAAUGGCCUUUUUCGGCUGCUUAAGUGCCGUGAUGCCGACUAUUGAGGCCUUCAUUGCCGUCCGGUUCUUUCAUGGCAUGUGCACCAUCGGAGUGUUCGCUGUCACCUUUGUUUGGGUGAUGGAGGUCGUGGGUGGAAAGUGGCAGACCAUACUAGGCAUUGGUUUCGAAGGUCCAUGGGUGGUGGGAUGGUUUCUUUUGGCCCUCAUCGCCUAUCUGACCCCCGAUUGGAAACAUAUUCAAUUUAUCACCAGCUUUCCGGCCUUCAUCACGGUGGUGUUGUGCUGGUUUCUUCCCGAGAGCCCCAAGUGGCUCCUUUCAUCGGGGAAGGUGGUCGAGGCCGAGAAAAUCGUUCGAGAAGCGGUCGAGCUCAAUGGCCGAGUGCUGCCGGCCGAUUGGAAACUUCAGGCCAUUCCCUCGCAAACAACCAAAGACCUCAGCCCGUUCAUGAGCUUCUUCCAAUUAUUUACUCACAAGCAUUUGUGCAUCAAAACUUUGAUCUUAUAUUUCAAUUGGUUUGCAAAUUCCUUCGUCUAUUAUGGGUUGACCUUGAACUCGGAGAACUUGGGUGGGACCAUCAUGGUCAACUUUCUACUAAAUGGUGCAAUGGAGAUUCCAGCCUACCUAUUUAGCCUGUACAUCCUACUCAAAAAAGGCCGAAAGAGGCCGUAUGUCAUCAUGAUCAUAACCGGAGGGAUUGCCCUGUUCUGCACCAUUGCCAUCCCACGCGACGUGUUUGCUUACAACUGGCCGUUGGUUGUGUUGGCCUUAAUCGGAAAACUCAUGAUUACAGGAACUUUCGCUAUUGCUUAUGUGUACAGUGCCGAAAUUUAUCCUACCGUGGUUCGGUCCACUGGAGUCGGAUCCUCCUCGCUUUUCGCUCGAGUGGGCGGAGCACUGGCGCCUUAUGUGGGAUCAUUGGACAAGGUCUUUAAUCCGAGUAUUCCCAUCGUCAUAUUUGGGGCCACAGCCAUUCUAGCCGGAAUUCUAGCGCUGUUUUUACCAGAAACCAAGGGUCGAAAGCUGCCGGACUCGUUUGAGGAGGGCGAGGCUGUCAAGGUGAACUUCAGAGACGGUCUGUUCAAAUCCAGCAAGCUAUCGCCUGUCCCAACGACGUGACCUGUUGUACAAUGUAUUGUAAAUAAAAAUAUCGAAUCACACUCCUUUUGAGAUUUUUCGUACAGUGAAAAAUUCAUCGCUUUUCCAACGAGCGAAUACAAUCAACAACCCAUUUUGUGUGAUCUUUCAGAACAUUCGGCAGUCGUACGCAUCAUGUCUCAAGGUCAAUUAUAUUCUGUUUUCCCUAAAAGAUUCACAUACUCAAAGAGUGUUCACUUAUAUUUGUUACAACUCGCAUCCGAAAGGAUGGUUUGUUCAUGAUCAAACUCGAUUCUUUGAUGUACUCGUAGUUUAGAGCAUUGAAGAGCUCAAUUUCAUUUUCAUUUAGUGCCUUAUGGUUUUUGCAUGAUCUUCCCACAGUUUUGAAACUAGGGCGCCAAGUGCCAUUGAUUGUAUUGAUGUUUCAAACAAUGACGAUAAUAAGGAACAACACAGGUUUAUACCAAUGAAAU